AUGGCUUCCAAUCAGAACCCCAAUCACACCCCCAAAAGAGAUGCCGACGGAGCAGAACCAGCCACCCAAUGUCACUUCAGUGGGAUGGAGUCUGUAAACCGACUACAAGGUCUUUUACCUGGUUUGACUCGAACCGCCAGUCCCGGUCCUUUUACCCUUCCUACCACAACUUCGGAUCGUCGUCGAGCGUCUAUCAUUGCUUCGUCCCUUGAUCAGGAUGCACAUCUCUCCGAAAAGGUCGCGGAACAACAGGAGAGCGGAGCAGAUCUCACUGGGACGGCUGCAGAAGAGGAAACGGUGCUUUAUCUCGCAUACGGGUCCAACUUGGCUUCCAAAACUUUCUGUGGCAUGCGUGGAAUCAAACCCCUCUCUCAGAUUCCCGUACUUGUCCCAGAGCUUCGAUUAACGUUCGAUCUCCCCGGAAUCCCAUAUGCGGAGCCCUGUUUCGCAGGAACACAAUUUCGAGACCCCAGUAGUGCGGAUACGGAGGAUACCGAGUCGGAAGAUGACUUUUCGGUGGUGACAGACCGAGAUUUCAUGUCAGAAAAGGUGCCCCUGAUGACCGAGACGCGGGAGCUACGAGGGUUCGAGGACAAUCGGAACAGUUGGCACAAACCUCUUGUGGGAGUCGUUUAUGAAGUGACUCUGGCCGACUACGCGAAGAUCAUUGCUACGGAAGGGGGUGGCGGGGGUUAUCGAGAUAUUGUCAUCGACUGCUAUGCUUUCGCAAAUGGCUACAAGUCCACCGAUCCGGUACCGAAUCACCCUACCACUGCAGCUUUCAAAGCACACACUUUGCUUUCUCCAGCGGCGGAUGACGCUCGUAAAAAGAGUGAAACUCCACAGAGAAACGACACGUCUGUGGCACAUACGUCAUGUCACAAUUCCUCAUUAUUUGGUGAUAUCAGCCCGCAUACGCGUCCUGAUCCCAACUAUGCCCAACCCUCCGCCCGAUACUUGAAUCUUCUCGUCACCGGUGCCUCGGAACAUGACCUGCCCGUGUCCUACCAGACCUAUCUCUCAAACAUUCACUCGUAUCAAAUUACCACAUUCCGUCAGAAAAUUGGCAAGUUUACUUUCCUUGUGAUGUGGGGCCCUUUAAUGCUCUCUCUGCUCGGUCUGUCGAGAAAGUGUGCAGGGCCCGAUGGCCGUAGUCCACCGUGGCUGAUCACCUACUCGAAUAUGAUUAUGGUAGCAGUGUGGGCCAGCUAUGAUUAUUUCUUCAAGCCGGUAUUCGGUGACGGUGAGCGAACUUUGGAAGAUACCCCUUCUGCUUAA